AUGACCUCGUCGACCGAGAUUAUACAGUUGCCCAAGUCGCCGACGGAGCAUGCCGGAAUGCAACAACAUCGCGGCGAAGUUGGCGACCGCGCGGCCAGCAGCGAACUUGACCUGGUCAAACUCCUGCGCACCUGGAUGGAUCAUGAUCACGACGGCGAUGACGACGAGAGUAGGUUCCAGUGGAUACGGUCGCAGAUCAUCGGCGGCGAGGCGGAGAUCGACACUCCAUUCGGUCGCCGCCGGAUUACGUACUCGGAUCACACGGCUUCCGGCAGAUUCUUGGGAUUCAUCGAGGGAUUCCUCCGCCUACAUGUCCUUCCAUUCUACGGCAAUACUCACACGACCGACAGCUACGUGGGCCUGCACACUACCAAACACUUUCUCGAAGCUAAGCAUUACAUCAAACAGAGGCUAGGUGCCCUCGGCCCCCACGACGUCCUCCUCUUCUGCGGCACCGGUUCCACCGCCGCCAUCAAGCGCCUUCAGGAGGUGAUGGGCAUCGCUAUCCCCUCCCUGCUCCGCGCCUCAGUUCUCCUGCACCUGCCGCCCGUCGACCGCUGGCUAGUCUUUGUCGGCCCCCACGAACAUCACUCCAACCUCCUCUCCUGGCGCGAGAGCCUCGCCGAAGUGGUCCACAUCGGCCUCGACAACGCCGGCGCGGUAGAUAUGGCCGCCCUGGAGGCUUCUCUACUGUCUCCUGACUUCGUCGGACGCCCUAAGCUUGGCUCCUUCUCCGCCUGCAGCAAUAUCACCGGGAUUUACUCUGACACGCGCGCCAUCGCGCGCGUGCUCCACCGCCACGGCGCCUACGCCUGCUUCGACUUCGCUUGCAACGGACCUUACGCGGAGAUCGAGAUGAGGACAGGGGAAGAGGACGGCUACGAUGCGAUAUUUCUGAGCCCUCACAAGUUCAUAGGCGGCCCAGGCAGUCCAGGCAUUCUGGUGAUGAACGACGCUCUCUACCGCAUCAAAGGCGGGCCGCCAUCCACCAGCGGCGGCGGCACCGUCCUCUACGUCAGCAACCACGACGAGGAGACCGUGUACUGCGGCGAGGUGGAGGAGCGGGAGGAUGCUGGGACGCCGGCAAUCGUUCAGAAGAUCCGGGCGGCGGCGGCUUUCCUGGUGAAAGAGUGGGCAGGGGGGCCUGCGAUCCGGCGGGCGGAACUGCGGAUGCUCCAUCGGACGUCGGGGAGGAUGGCGUCGAACCGGAGGGUGUGGGUACUGGGCUCCGACGUGGCGGCGACUGCGGUGACGCAGCAGCCCAUCGUGUCGUUCCUGGUGUACCCGGAGGCUCGAGGAGAAGGAACGCGUGGCAGGCACCUGCACUGUCGGUUUACCACGCGGCUGCUCAACGACUUGUUCGGUAUCCAGGGACGCGGCGGGUGCGCGUGUGCGGGGCCCUACGGCCAACGCCUGCUUGGCAUCGACCGCCGCCGUUCCAAAGCCAUCCAAUCCGCCGUCGAAAUGGGUUAUGAAGGAAUCAAACCCGGGUGGACUCGAGUGAGCUUUGUGUACUACACCUCAUGGAAAGAAAUGGAGUUUGUGCUUGAUGCCAUAGAGUUUGUGGCAGAUCAUGGUCGCAAAUUUCUUCCACUUUAUACUUUCGAUUGGAAGACAGGGAAUUGGGAAUUCAUGCACCAUCGACAUGUCCUUCUUCCCAUGAAAUCAAAGGAUGAAGACGAUAAUGAAAGUUACUAUGGCAAAACAUAUGAAGAUCAUCUCAAUUUUGCCAACAAUAUUGUUGAUUCCCUACCAAGUGCCGCGUUGGAUAGAAGCAUUCCGGAGGCCAUUGAUCCUGAUUUGGUCGAUUUCAUGUUGUAA